AUGGUUCAUGCAGACGCGUCCGCUUUUGCAGAUGGCUUAACCAAGCAAGAGGUGUACGCGCAGGUGCUGGAGCAGGCGCGAGCGCUGUUUGACGGGCAGAGGAACUGGGUGUGCAAUUUCUCAAACACCGCCUCUCUCCUCUGGCAUGCCUACCACUCUCUCCCUGGCCCCUCUUCCUCCGUAAACUGGUCAGGCUUCUACUUCCUUAAUCCCACCAACCCGCAGCAACUCCUGCUCGGCCCGUUCCAUGGGCAAGUAGCAUGCCAGACCAUUGCGUUCGGGCGCGGCGUAUGCGGUGCCGCCGCGCAGACCAAGCAGACUCAGCUCGUGCCCGAUGUUGAGAAGUUCCCUGGACAUAUUGCUUGCGACGGUGCGAGUAAGAGUGAGAUUGUUGUACCGAUCAUUCAGAACGGAAAGGUGGUUGCGAUCAUUGACAUUGAUUGCGCUGAGGAGAAUGGGUUCAAUGAAGAGGACCAAACUGCCCUAGAGGAAUUGGCUGUGCUUCUAGCCGAGUCCUGCGACUUCUAA